CACAGGAACAAGGUUGUUUUGAGGAUCAUGCCUCAGGGAGGCCGGACACCUGUCGCUACGUGAGCAAGAAGAAAGCAGCAACCUCGACACAUACGUCGCCCGAGCGCAGCGCAGCCCACGACCGAGCGUGGCAGACGCACGUGUGGACAGGUGUGAUGCAUCAGCGGUGCUCUACCGGCCAUACAUGUCACCGCCCUAUGCAUCCGACUGCUCCAUAAGCUGCCGGCAAUGAGCAGCAACAAUGCCCGCGCCAGCUCCGCCCAUUCCAGCGCUACGCUAAGGCCUCGCACCGCGCGACUCAUCUCCGGCCUCGACGAGGGCGAUGAGUCCGCCUUCGAUCCUGUCAAUGCCUCUCCGAAACGCAUCGCCUCGCCGCUUCGAUCUCCCUACGCAAGCCGCUCCGUCUCUCCCAUACCCUCGGCGCAUCCGCAGCGAUUGAGUCCAAAUGCACGCCGACACGAUGCCGCAGCGAGAUCAUCGAGAGCAGCGAGCGCGGAACAAAGGACGACCUCUCCCAGCCUUGCGGGACUCUGGGGAAGCUCAUUGAGUGCUCUGCAAGGCAUAGCGCAAGAUUUCCUGGGGACAGAUCCGUUCGAGCAGGAAUCAAGUGUGCGGCCACGAGACCGGAGGCCACACGGAAGGCAGCACACUGCGCGGACGAGUACCAGUGCACCUCCUGCUGAAUGGGGCCCCUCGGCAGCAUCAGGCUCCAGAUCUGGCGGAAUUGGCGGAGGCACCACUGAAGAGCAGACUGCAGCCGUGCGAGCUCAGAAAAGAAAGGCAAUGCUGACUGGACAAGAAAGUAGCUACGCGGACACGUUGGGCAAGUUCAAGAGAAGAUUAUCGGAUGACAGAGCUGCUACCUCCGCGCCCCCCGGCGAUGGAGAUGAGAGGGAUGCCCUGGCGUAUGUACAUCAAGUCACGAAGAACGACACACUCCCUGGAAUUACCAUACGAUACAACAUCUCUGCCAACAUGCUACGAAAAGCCAAUAGAAUGUGGCCGAACGAUAGCGUGCAGAUGCGAAAGACUUUGUUUCUUCCAGUAGACGCAUGUGGUGUCAAAGGAAAGCCCGCCACGGCCGCAGAAAUCGAUCUCUUGGGGUCUGAGAGCGAGUCACUCUCAACGUUGCAUGCGGAGGAAGUCCCCACCCCAACUGCAGCGAAUCCAGCGCCGAAUGGGAUCAGUCAAAGCGUUUCCAAUCACAACAGGAAUCGCACGAAUUCAGCAUCCACGCACACAAGUAACUCUGCGACAAGCGUGAAUGCGCACGGCGAAGCAGAAUGGCAACAUGACUCCUGGGUUAUGCUACCCGGCUUCGACCAGCCCGUUCAGAUCGCGCGGCUUCCACGGCGGGCACUCGGGUAUUUCCCUCCCGCAAGGCGAAAGAGCAACUCCUGGUCAGAUCUCGACACUCCUUCAACGUCAUUGGAGCUUUCGCGGUCGAACACUGGCGAUCUACUGAACCCUCCAUCAUCUCCUCGGAACCAGAUCCCACCCCAGAGACCUCGGCGGAGGCCUAGCAAUGCCACAAAUGGAUACUUUCCCGCGUAUCUGCAAGGACCCGGUGGGGUAGGCACGAUGGACAGGCAUGUGCGAUUUCCAGGACCGGCGCAGGAUACCUUGAACAAGAUGAUGGCGAAGCACUUGCCAGACGUUGCGCCUCCCCGAAACCAGACCGCACUGUACCAGCCUGACUUGCCUUUGUACAGUGACGAAGCAACGUCGCUUGGCUCAGGCACGGCUACACCAGCUUACCCGCACGGAGGUGGAGGCUCAGGGGGUCUGAAUCUGCAAGACAUUGGUGGAUCGAUUGAGUCCUGGGUGCGAAAACUGGCCGCAAAGUCCACGUUGACUCCUGGCGGCAGACAAAAUCCCGCUCGAGUGUCGGUUGGCACCCCUGGGAAGGGAGCUGGUGGUAUAGGUGACCUGAUAGAAAUGACCGACGAAUUUGAGAUCGGCGGAGAUGAGGAAGAAGAAAGAGGCCGACAGGGCUCGGCUGAGCAGGCGACUGCUGGGUGCAAACCAGGCACAACAGCUACAAGCUAUUUCGAUGGCGCAGCUGUAGGAGGUGUCAGCAGAGAACGGCGGGUGGGAGGCAAGAGUGGUAAAUCUGAUUGAUACUGAUACCACUCGCUGGGCAUAAUGAUUAGAGGCGUGUGCCAUAUCACAUAUUUUAGAUGCGGGAUCCGCCAGCAUGCCCGUCUAUUCACUAGCGCUUCCUCUUGAGUCUGGCCAUGCCAAGUUGCCCACGAGGACCACCUAGCAACGUGCAUAGUGUAUUGCGGCUCUUGCGGCAGAAUCGUCUUUUACCGACAACGCCGCCAAGCGAGCCCUGAAGGUCCAAACGUGGAAAGUGCACCUUCUGUGUGUCCGUCAUUUGCUGGUCCUGCAAUAAGGACGACAAGGCAGCGACGAAUGCAGCAGAUUUCACGAAAUAUCAUCCAAAUGAAAAGAAAUAACAAAUGUCCACG